CGCGAUCUCAGCGGCAACGACACGUACACGCAUCGUCAAUCCCCAUCCUAACGACGAUUGGGGUGAUGCACCAGUCGUCGACCGGUCGGGGGGUGGGGUCGUCCGCAGGAUCGUCGGCAGCAGACAAGACGAGGGAUCGACGCUGUGUGCAGUCGAAGUCGAUGCCGACAACAUGUCCCGAAGUCGUUCGUCCGCAGAGGGUGCAAUUGCCAUCGCCGUUGUCGGGAGGUCUGGUGACGGGAAGGCGGUCGGUUGUGAGCGUUGCGGACGCCACAUUCGCACAGGACGUCGAUGAACGGACGGGUUCACACGUGUGGGCGGAGCAUCGCCAGGAACUCCACUUGGACGACGAAGACGAAGAAGACGAAGACGUUGCUGUGGAGAUUAAGCCUCCGGGCAAGAGGUCCAUGGGUGGUCGUGGAACAAGCAAGAAGGCUUCUGCCCCGCAUGGACGACGGACUGAGAAGAGUGUAUCUGUCGGGAGCGAUGGCGAGGGCGACGUCGACGUGGACGGUGGGAGGAACUUUUGGUCGGUGGACCACAUGGUCACUCUCGUGAGGGCGAAAUGGGAUCAGGAUGCGCACAUGGAGGGUAUGGGGCACGCAUUUGCCUGCAUGAAGCCAAGGGAAUGGAAGUGGCAGGAUGUUCACGAGAGACUGAAGAAGGUGGGCAUCGCAAGGAAUCCUGAGAACUGCGGGAAGAAAUGGGACAACUUGAUGCAGCAAUUCAAGAAGGUGCACAGGUUCAUGCACGAGUCCGGGAAACCGGACUACUUUCAGUUGAAGGGCAAGGAAAGAAGAUCACACAUAUUCAACUUUGUUAUGGAACGGGCCGUGUAUGAGGAGAUAAAGGGACCCACAGCGAAGAAUCACACCAUCCAUCCGAGGAACGUCAUUGACACGGGUGCGCCGAGUGGUGUGGAAAUGUCGUCCGGGUCGGGUGGGAAGAGAGGCGAUGGCGAUUGCGCGGGCGGCGGAGGUGGCUAGCCGCAGGAAGAAGACGACGGGUCGACGAAAGGUCGUGUGUUUAAUGAAGUCGUUAAAGGUUUAAUGAAGUAUUCGAAAUGUU